AUGGUAUCGACGAAGUCAAUGAAGGCGGCAGAGAAAGCGGCUCAGGCAGCCGAGAAGGGCACGGAUGCGGGUGACGUAGGGCUCGACGGGGAGUUGGAGGAUCUCACGGAGAUCGAAGGGCUAGGAAGAGAUCACGGCCGCACUCUCGAAGCGUUGUUGGCGGCGGUGGAGGCGCUGCAGGGACAGGUGAGCAGUCUGACGGAGGCUUGGAAGAGAGGCGGGGCAGCGGUUGGAGAUGGCGAGAAGCCGCCGGAGGAGAAGGGCGCGGCGGAGGAGUCCGCCUCGGUGGCGGCGGUCGGCGGCCAGGGAGCCGAGAAGGGUUUGGCGGAAGGGGGGGCAGCGGCAAGUAACCCUAGCCGACCCCCUGUUUCGCGUCCGGGCCAAGUCUCGUUCGGCCCAACAAUCAAGGAUGGGCUUUUGCCUACUCCAUCGGCCCAGGAGAUGGCUCGUGCGCGUGGCAAGGCCAAGAUGGCCGAGUACGUGGAUCCGGGCUCGCACGCGGGCCUGAACUUGGAGGAGCUGGUGGACCCGGGGCAGGAGAGAGAUCGCGGGCCUUGGCCCAACAAGCAGAGUGGGCUGGGCGCGGAUGGCUGGAGAGAGGAGGGCAGCUCAAUGGGCCGAGCCCAGUGGGAAGGCGGACCAGGAGGAGGCUGGAGGGAGUCGGGCCGCGGGUGGGAGCCUGGCCGGUCGGGAGCAACAGGCCGAAAUCAAUCGGGCCGGGGUGACUUGGGCCGAGCAGGGAUGGGCCGGGUCCCCAACGGUCGGGCCGAGACUGGUCGGACCGAAUCCGGUCGGGCCAUGGUCGAACCGGUCCAGCCGGCUGGGUAUCAGAAUCAGGCGGGCAGCAGGUGCUACCCAGGGCCGCAAGGCCAGUUCGACGAGUAUUGUGGGCCCUUUCCUUCUUCGGCAUUCCAGCGGGGCGCCGGGAAGGACUCCAGGAGGAUAUGGACGGGGGAUCGAAGGCUGAAGGGUGAGUUAAGCGGAAGGGCCGGGUACCAGGAGGAUGAGGGCGACGACUGGGGGUGUGACGGGGACCCGCGCUUCACUCAGCACUACUACAGCGGGGGCCCAAGUUCGGGAAGGAAUGCCGGUCAUUUCCGGGGUGGGGAGGAAGAGGAUGAGAUGGUGUUUCGAGCGCGGCCUCCCACUAUUGAGUUCCCGAAGUACAAUGGUCGUGAGGAUGCAGGAUUGUGGCUGUACUCAGCUGAGCGAUGGUUCAAGAACCAUCCCACUAGGGAAGAACGAAAGGCGCAGUUAGCUUCCUUCUACCUGGAGGGAGAUGCCCUGCAGUGGUGGGAGUGGAUGGAGCGGACCUAUGCCGAGGCUCAUACGCUAAUCACUUGGCCGAUGUUCAAGGAGGAGUUGCGGUACCAGUUCGGGAAAUCCGAAGGGUGGGCCCCGGAGCAGCUAGCCAAGCUACGCCAGACAGGGACGGUGGCGGACUAUAGGGCCGAGUUCUUCAAGCUGGGAAACCAAUGCAAGGGUGUCCCAGAAGAGACAUUGGUGGGCUUGUGCAUGGCGGGGCUCCGACCGGAGAUUGCAGCGGCUGUCCGGGUAUUUGAGCUUGAUUCACUGCGAGCUGUUUUCCGUCUUGCAGGUAAUAAGGAGGAGGAACUGGCUAGCUGGCGGGGCGUGAUAGGCCGGUAUCAAAAGCCGAGUGGAGGAGGAAGUGGAAGCGGACCGAGUAGCAGCCCAGGGGUCCCGGCGCUGGGCCCUAGCACUGGAGGGGGAGUGACGACUGGUCCAACCACAGCGGCCAUUCGAGCGGGACCAAGGGCUCCGCCCAAGGGGUUUACUAGGUUGUCACCUGCCGAGAUUGAGCAGAAGAGACGGGAGGGAAAAUGUUUUAAUUGUGAUGAGAGGUUCACCUUUGGUCACAAAUGCGGGAAACCUGAUCUAAUGUUCUUGGUGGGGCGCUGGGAAGAUGAGGCCGAGGACGAAGUCACAGAGGAUUCUGGCGCUGGGCGAGAGAAGCCUCAACCUUGA